CCAAUCCGAUGGUCUGGUAGGCGGAGACUUGACGCGUGAGAGGCGGGACUUAUCGGGGCCUCCAUCACUUCCUGUGCCGCAGCCUGUAAACCUCUACGCUUCCUUGCUGGGCUUCAAUACACAGACACAGUGGACCCGGCACUUCAUUAAAACAUCCCCUUCGAAUAUAUAUCGCACUAUCUAUUUGUUUAUCCAUCAAGUGUGAAUUCAGCGGCUCAGAAUGGAGACAUCUGGUAACUCGAGUAAGAAGCAGAAACUGAGUAACGCGCCUGAGAGCUGGGGGAUGCAAAGAGCCACCAAUGUGACGUAUCAAGCCCAUCACGUGAGCAGAAACAAGCGUGGCCAGGUAGUCGGCACUAGAGGAGGCUUUCGAGGAUGCACGGUGUGGCUUACAGGUUUGUCUGGUGCGGGUAAGACGACGGUCAGCAUGGCUCUGGAGGAGUAUCUGGUGUGCCAUGGCAUCCCCUGCUACACUCUGGAUGGAGAUAACAUCAGGCAGGGCCUCAAUAAGAACCUGGGCUUCAGCCCUGAAGACCGCGAGGAGAACAUUCGUCGUAUCGCAGAAGUGGCAAAACUGUUUGCUGACGCUGGGCUUGUGUGCAUCGCCAGCUUCAUUUCCCCAUACAGCAGGGAUCGUCUGAAUGCAAGGAAGAUCCAUGAAGCUGCUGGCCUUCCAUUCUUUGAGGUGUUUGUAGAUGCUCCUCUGGAUGUGUGUGAGCAGAGAGAUGUGAAGGGGCUCUAUAAGAGAGCUAGGGCUGGAGAAAUCAGAGGGUUCACUGGAAUAGACUCGGAGUAUGAGAAGCCAGAGGCCCCUGAACUUGUACUGAAGACGGAUUCUUGCAAUGUGAACGAAUGCAUCCAGCAGCUUCUGGACCUCCUGCAGGAGAGGGACAUAGUUCCUGUGGACGCAUCCUACGAGGUCAAGGAGCUCUAUGUGCAAGAGAACAAGCUGGACUUGGCAAAGGCUGAUGCUGAGACUCUUCAAGUAGUGGAGAUCACUAAGGUGGACAUGCAGUGGGUUCAGGUGCUCGCUGAGGGCUGGGCCACUCCUCUGAACGGCUUCAUGAGGGAGGGAGAGUACCUACAGUGUCUGCACUUCAACUGUCUGCUUGACGGUGGGGUUAUUAACCUGUCGGUGCCGGUGGUCCUCCCGGUUUCAAGUGCCGAUAAGGAGCGUCUGGAUGGCAGCACUGCGUUUGCGCUGGCCUACGGUGGUCAGAGGGUCGCGAUACUGCGAAACCCAGAGUUCUACGAACAUCGCAAGGAAGAGCGUUGUGCCCGGCAGUGGGGCACCACAUGCAAGGAUCAUCCAUACAUCAAGAUGGUGAUGGAGAGCGGAGAUUGGUUGGUCGGUGGUGAUCUCCAGGUGCUGGAUCGGAUCUACUGGAAUGACGGGCUGGAUAGUUACAGGCUCACACCAACCGAACUUAAGCAGAAGUUUAAAGAGAUGAAUGCAGAUGUCGUCUUUGCCUUCCAACUGCGGAACCCAGUGCAUAAUGGCCAUGCACUGCUCAUGCAGGACACGCAGCGGCGUCUAAUUGAACGUGGCUAUCGUCGACCCGUGCUUCUGCUUCACCCACUGGGCGGCUGGACCAAAGAUGAUGACGUGCCACUGGCCUGGCGCAUGAAACAGCAUGCGGCUGUCCUGGAGGAGGGACUGCUUGACCCCAACUCCACCAUAGUGGCCAUUUUCCCUUCACCAAUGAUGUACGCCGGCCCAACAGAGGUGCAGUGGCACUGUAGGGUCCGGAUGGUGGCUGGGGCCAACUUUUACAUAGUGGGACGUGACCCCGCAGGAAUGCCUCACCCAGACACAGGUAAAGACCUCUACGAGCCUUCCCACGGGGCUAAAGUUCUCACCAUGGCCCCUGGACUCAUAUCCUUGGAAAUUGUGCCUUUCAAAGUGGCAGCCUACAAUAAAGCCAAGAAGGCCAUGGAUUUUUAUGACCCCAAAAAACACCAGGACUAUGACUUCAUCUCAGGAACCCGCAUGCGGAGGAUGGCUCGCGAGGGCCGGAACCCUCCGGAAGGCUUCAUGGCACCCAAAGCCUGGAAUGUUCUCAAGGAAUACUACCAGUCUUUGGAGAAGGCCUAAGCCGGUUUCCAGCUGCGUAGAGAGAGGCGGAAGCAAUUCUGUUACAGUGGAAGAAGGGAAAGGAGGAGGAGAAGGAGGUGAUCUUGGUUUGUAAAAAACAAAACACACACAGAAUGAUUGAACACUGGGACCACCCAAAGGACUUCUUGCACUAUUUUGGAUGUUGUUCCUCAUUAAAACACUGUCGGUUUCAUAGUGCAGAGUCUUAUGGCAGCGUUUUAUAUGUUCGAUUUAAAAAAAAAAAAGCGAGUUAACUUGUGAAAGGUGCAUUUAAGUAUUCAAUACUGUAAAGAUAGAAAACUAAACUGUUUUAUUAGCAAAUUAUGCCAUCUCUAUUCUUGUACACUCGCUGUUACAAUUGGAUGAAAGAUGACGUGUAAAUUGAAAAUGGCCCUACUUGCCUUAAAGAGCUUUUAUUGAAACUGUUACAUUUACAGCAUUGUUCUGGCUUUAAUGCAUGCUGAGCUCUAUUGACAGCAUUUAUGACAUAUUGUCAACAGAAGUACAACAAAAAAAUACAUUUUGACUUUUUCUUAUUUUUUUUAAACAGCAAAAAGUCAGUAACAAUAGUAAAGCUGAUACGUUUUGCACAAUAUAUGCAAGAAUAAAGGACUUUUUGCAUAGAGAAAUAUCAAAACAAAAGACCUAGAACAGUAGACCCAUUGCAAAACUAAAUAAUGUAUUUA